AUGACUUUCAGAAAUAUUUUACCUGUUAUUAUGCGAAGCCCAUCGGUCGCUAUUGAACGAGUUAGCUAUUGGUUGCGAUAUUUCACUUUAGCAGAAUUAUUUUUUGUGUUGGAAGAGGAUGCUCGCAUAUACCCAUUUGACAAGUUUCGAAUACGAAAAAUUGCUCUAGCUUUGCGUCACACCUUUGCAAGUGAUCAAUCAGACAAUGAAGUUAAAAUGUUGAUCAAGGAUUUGUCUACUGAAUUUUCUCAAGCUCGUCCGUUGAAUAAGCCCACAUCAAUUUCAUCGAUAACAGUUCGAAAAAGCCAGCACCUGCUGGUUCCGUUUCGUUCUACGUGCCCAGUUUGUAACAACAAUUUGAAUGAAAAUAAUGCUCAACAACAAGGUAUUCGACUGUAUUGCAGUAAUGGAUCUGUUAUGAUUGCUACAAUGUUUACUCUUCGCUGUAAUCAUGUGCAUGCCCGUUGUUCACGAAAUGGAGAUCUGUGUCCAAUUACAAUCUAUCCAAACUUCAUUCGCACUAAUAAUCGCAAUAUAUAUACUUAUGACAGUUUAUAUUUUGGGUCAUAUGUUUAUUUGGGCGGUGAUGUUGCAGUUGAACGUAGUAUUGCAGAAAAAUUUAUUGCACAUCUAGUUUAUCGUGAUCUCUCCAUGUCCGAAUAUGCCGAUACUUUAAACCAAGAAGCAAUCAAUGGUAAUCACAUUCAGUUAACACCUAUUGAUCGUCGCGCAUUGGCAAACAUACUUCAAGCUUUUCUUACAAUUCAACUGCAUAUUUGUUAUAGUCACGACAACGUCGACACACCUUCUCAACUAACGAAAUUCAAUGAAUGGGCUUGGUGUAAAUUCCCACAUUUACUAUCGUGCUUCAUAUAUCUGUGGACAAAUCAUAGUUCAAUAAUAGGCUCGUGUGGUGACCACUGCUCAAAAUGCUUGGUCGUAGAUGGGCAUCAAAAGACUAGACGACGAAUAUGUGCAUUUAAGGAUGUAAAGGUGAACACAGAUGAAAUGAUGAACGUAGUUAUUGGAUGUUGUCGAACGCCUAUACCAUCAUCUCGUUAUUGUGAAUAUCACAACAAUGCGUCAUCAGCUGAAGAGCAACAACGGUUUAAAUCAGCUACUUCAUCACAAGACUUAACGAAGCGAAAAGUUCUCAAAUUUUACAAAAAGAGAAACAGGAAUGCCAAUUCUCUUAAUGCAACCGGUUGUCGAACAUUGAAAGCUCGAUCAAACGAUUACAUAAAUAAAUGCACCAGAUCAUUCGGACUAAUUGCUCUUAUUACUAACUGUCGUAUUAUUACAUCCUUCAGCGAAUUAUACCGAUCGGAAACAUUAAAAGAAAUUAUUAAUCUGUUUGCUAUCACGUAUCGGGUUGCUGGGAAGUUAGCACCGACCCUGGUGUAUGACGAUGGUUGUCAUUUAGUGAAGUACGUCAUAAAUCAUAUUGGGAAAGAUCUUACCAGAACGCCAGCGAUGAAACUUCUUGCCUCGACACCAGUGAGCGUUGAUCGUAGCCAUUUUCGAAAUCACGUAGGAAAAUUUUGUCGCGAAACAAUGAACCCCAAUAAUAAUCGAUUACUCGACAAUGUCAACACUCAAGCUGCUGAACAAACGUUUUCGUGGUUGAAGCAGUACGCUAACAUCAUGAGCAAUCUGGGCUAUUUGCGAGCACCGUUGUUCAUGUUGAUAUUAUUUCAUUCAAAGAAUAUGUCGUCGGUGAAGAAAUCAGUGUCAUCGGUGUUUAAUGUUGUAUCUUUGUGCCCUGAAGUCAGUGGAGUUUCAUUAUGCCAUAUGAAACAUGUACCACGUUCACACGAUCAGCGGAAUAAUAAAGCCAUUACGAAAACCAUCGAACAAAAUCCGAAUUCUAAAUUGCGUCCAGAAAACUUUUGCUUACCUAAAGGAAUUACUGAUUGGGAUAGCAAAUUACUUGAAAUUAUGAAUACAAAUAAAGCUAAUUAA